AUGUUUAAAUAUUCGGAAUUGCUAAAUUUCAUGAUGGAAUAUUAUCAUCACUAUCAACAGAUUAAAUGGAGAUUAAUUGCAAGUUCUCUGGGAGGCAUGAUUGGAACGAGAUUUGCUGAGCUUCACCCAGAAAGAGUUGAUUCUCUCAUUCUCCUUGCCCCAGCUUUUAAUACUGAAAGUAGAUGGAGAAGUAUUUUGGAUAUUGAAGAGUGGGAAAGAAAUGGAACGAGAGAAAUUUAUAAUUACAAACUUGGAUCUGUGAAACAUGUGAAAUUUGACAUUUUUAAAGAUUUAGUUAAUCAUCCAGCAUUUCCCAUUCCAAAUUGUGUAUUAAAUCAGGAAGGGAAGGGUAUUAAAUUGUUUAUUAUACAUGGAGAACAAGAUGAUGUUGUGAAAAUUGGCACAACUGAUCUGUUUUUGGAAAGAUUAGUGGAAUUGAACUUUGAUUUGGAGAGAAAUGUUAAAGUUUUCAGAGUUCCAGAUGGACAUGAACUUGUGAGUGAGGAAACUUUGAAUUUGAUUGAAAAGUUGGUGUUGGAUAAUUUACUAUUGUAA